CAGCAGCAGACGAUAAUGCAGCUCGACUGUCGAACUGCGGUGCCCUCGUGCGGCGUCACCAUGACAACGCGCGCUUUCCGUGGGAGCCAAUCGGAAUUCAGGUUUGAUAUACACGUGAACCUCGAGGGUUAUACUCUUUUUCUACUCUUCCGCUUUCAAUCCAAAAUGGCGGAUACCAGUGCAGAGUCACCGAAAUUGAAAGGUGAUGACGCUUCUUUGAGUUUUACACAAUCUCCGGAUCUCAGAAGCGUCCUGGUGACAAGCGUUCUUAAUUUAGAGAAGCUUGACACCGACCUUUACAGAGGGAAGCAUCACUGGGUUCCUCGGACUCAGCGCCUAUUUGGUGGUCAGAUUGUGGGUCAGGCUCUGGUGGCUGCUGCCAAAUCUGUCAGUGAAGAUCUGUACGCUCAUUCACUACACUGUUACUUUGUAAGAGCAGGAGACCCUAAGGUUCCAGUGCUUUAUCAGGUGGAACGGAUUCGAGAUGGUCGCAGUUUCUGUGUGCGAGCUGUGAAAGCCAUCCAGCACGGUCAGCCCAUACUGAUAUGUCAGGCGUCCUUUCACAUGCUGCAGCCCAGUCCGUUAGAGCAUCAGUUCACCAUGCCCAGCGUUCCCCCACCUGACACCCUGUUUACAGUGGAGGAACUCAUCCAGCAGUACCUCAGCGACCCGAGUUUAGCUGAUAACACUAAACAGGGGCUGAAUAAGAUCCUUGCAGAUGAGGUGCCCAUUGAGGUAAAGCCAGUGAAUCCAGCAGAUUUUUAUAGACGUGUCCCUAUGGAGCCAAAAAAACUGUUCUGGGUACGAUCGAAAGGACAUAUAGGAAAUGCCGAUAUGAAACUGCACUGCUGUGUUGCUGCAUAUGUGUCCGACUACGCGUUCCUCGGCACAACGAUGCUGCCAUACCCCCAAUACAGAACCCAGUUCUUGGCCUCUCUGGAUCACACCAUGUGGUUCCACAACAAAUUCAGAGCAGAUCAGUGGAUGCUGUAUGAAUGUGAAAGUCCAUGGGCAGGAGGCAGCAGAGGCUUGGUGCAAGGCCGCUUGUGGAGACAAGACGGUGUCCUGGCAGCUUCCUGUGCACAAGAAGGAGUGUUACGAGUGAAAGAUAUGACUCGAAGUAACCUCUAGAUCAGUUUUUACACAGCACAAUUAAUUGUAAUUCUCAAGGCUCUUAACAUACAUCCAUCUAAGCUGAUCAUGUGACUGCAGUGAUUAAUAGUAAUUAACAUAGAUUUACACAAUCACAAUGAGCUCUGAGGAUGGCCCCUGAUGGACUGUUCACAGAGCAGUCGGUGAGAAUAUCGAGCCUUUGUGUUAUCAGCUUGCUCAGUGGCACUGGGAGCGGUGUCUUUUAUGAUACUGGCAUUGUUUUGGCAGUGACCUUUUACUGUAGGUCAGAAGUAAGUAACUGAAAAGAAUGUGUAAUGGUAAAGCUCAUGAAAAAAAAAUUGCACAGGUCCUGUAAGAGAUGACCUGGGAUAGAUGAAGGUUGGGGGGGUUUUUUAUUCAUUUUUUGUAUCAAGCAAUGAGGAGGCAAACUGAUAUUAAUAACAGAAUUGGUAAUUAAUUAGACUUACACUACAUACCUUGUUCUGGUUGGUCAGAAGCUGUUGAUUAAUUUUCUAGCUCCUAAAACACUUCAGGAGGCGCAUUAUUGAUUAUUUUCCUUGGUAGUGAUUGCUGAGUUGCUAAUGGGUCCAACAUAAUUUAAAACACAGAUUGAUGCACAAUACGAUGCGUCUUAUUCCUUUACACCAAUAUAUGUUAACUCUGAAUGUGUAAAAAUGUAAGAUAUGAGAGUAUUGUUAAUUUCUUAUGAGUGUCUGGAUGAUGUGUUUGCAUUUUAUAGAUGAAUAAAAUAAUUUUUAAUUCCCAGAACAAGUAUAUCUGAAGGUGUUCAGUUUAUAAAGCCAUGCCAUGGCUCUGCUUUGCUUUGUUCUUGGUACAAAUGACUGAAUCAUACUAUAUUCCCAGAUUGCAUUGCAGUUUUGUAGCUCUGUGUUUUGCAGUGAGCAGUAUUGAAAAAGAGCCACAUGUACACUAUAUGGCAAAAUACACUAUAUGGCAAAAAGUUUGUGGACACCAGAUCAUUGCAAUAUGUGCUUGCUGAACAUCCUGUUCCAGAUUUAGUCUCCCUUUGCUGUUAUAACACAUUUAUAUUUAUGUUAUAAUAAGCGCCGCACUUCUGGGAAGGCUUUCCACUAGAUUUUGGAGUGUGGCUGUGGGGAUUUGUGUUCAUUCAAUCAUGAGAGCAUUAGUGAGGUCAGGCACUGAUGUCAGGCGAGGAGGUCUGAGGUGCAGUCUGUGUUCCAGUUCAUCCUAAAGGUGUUCAGAGGGGUUGAGGUCUCUGUGGGCUCUGUGUCAGUGAGUUCUUCCACUUCAACUUUGUAAAACCAUGUCUUCAUGGAGCUUGCUUUGUGCACAGAGGCAUUAUCAUGCUGGAACAGGUUUGGGGUCUCUUAGUUCCAGUGAAGGGGAACUUUAAUGCUACAGCGUCCAAAGACAUUAUAGACAAUUGUGUGCUUCCAGCUUUGUGGCAAAAGUUUGGGGGCGAACUAUAUAUGCAUGGAUGUGAUGGUCAGAUGUCCACGAAGCUUUGGCCAUAUAGAGUUUCAAACGACAUGCACGUGCAGGCAUGUUUAGUGAAUAUACACUUUAUUACCUAGUGUGUGUAAUCAAUCAUUAUUUUUUUUGUUUGUUUAAUAAACAGGGUUCAAUAGAAAUGUAUUCCUUCAGUUGAUUAUCUAGAGGAUUUUCACAUUUGCAAUUAAAUAACGGCUAUAUCAUAUAUUAGACAUUUAAU